CCGAGGAGCCAUGGCCGGGGCCGGGGGCCCAGCGCGGCGGCUGCUCCGGCCCCGCCGGCAGCGGGGCGGCGAGGAGGCACCGGGAGAGCAUCUGGCCUGUGAGCGAAAAGCCGAGGAGGAGCGGCAAAGUGCAGAGCUGCUGAAACAGACGGAAGCUGAGAGGCAGAAGAUCGUUGCGGAGUGGAAGGAGCUGCGAGGGUUUCUGGAGGAGCAGGAGCAGCUCCUGCUGUCCCAGCUGGAAGAGCUAGCCAGAGCCAUUGUCAGGAGACGGGACGAGGGCGUCUCCAGACCAUCCGGGGAGAUUUCCCUGCUUGGAGAGGAGGGGCAGCAGCAGCCAGGGAGCCAAUCCCCACAGGGUGCUGGACGCACUGAGAGCAGCAGGGAGGACGGGCCGUUUCAGAAGCCAGAGCAGGGGUUUGCGGAGCUGGAGAAGAGACUCAGCGAUUUCUCUCUGAAAAGUGCCAUCCUGCAGGAGGUGCUGCUGGGAUUCAAAGAGACUCUGCGACUGGAGCUGGAGAACAACACAGGGUUUCCAGUUUCCAAACCUGAUGGUGUCUCCCAGCUGGAACAAGGGGAAGAGCCGUGGGUCCUGGGUCUCCAGGGCUCAGAGGAAAGAGAGAUCCAGGGAGGUGCCUGCCGGGCAGGCGAAGGGGCAGUGAGUAAGAGCAAGGAGGAGAAUCUUCAGCAGAAAGAUCACGAGCUAGUGGAAUCACCCGGGAUGUUUUCAGAAAGAUUUGAAGGGAAUAUUCACUGGAGUCGUGAGCGGAGAAAAGCUCAUGAGAGUCAGCAGGGAAAUCAGCCAGGGCAUGGUUGGGGAAGUGGCCAGGACCUUCAGGAAACCACAGCCCAGCAGAGAAUUCCCCCAGGAGAGAGAAAAAACACCUGCACGGAGUGUGGGAAAACCUUCAGUAGUCGCUCCAACCUUAUUACACACUGGAGAAUCCACACAGGAAAUAGACCGUAUAAAUGCUCAGAGUGUGGGAAAAGCUUCAAUCAGCGUUCAAACCUUAUUAAACAUUGGCGAAUCCACACGGGAAAUAGACCCUUUAAAUGCCAUGACUGUGGGAAAAGCUUCACUGACAGCUCAAACCUUACUCAGCAUCAAAGAACCCACAUGGGGGAGAGACCCUAUAGAUGCUCAGAAUGCGGGAAAAGCUUCACUCGGAGCUCCGACCUUAUUAGACAUGAGACAAUCCACACGGGAGACAGACCCUUUAAAUGCUCCAAGUGCGGGAAAAGUUUCAACGAUCGCUCCAACCUUAUUACGCAUCAGAGAACCCACAUGGGGGAGAGACCUUAUAGAUGCUCAGAGUGCGGGAAAAGCUUCAGUGUGAGCUCCAGCCUUAUUACACACUGGAGAAUCCAUACGGGAGAGCGACCCUAUGAAUGCUGCGAGUGCGGGAAAAGCUUCACUCGGAGCUCAGACCUUAUUAGACAUGAGACAAUCCAUACAGGAGACAGACCCUUUAAAUGCUCCAAGUGUGGGAAAAGCUUCAAUGACCGCUCCAACCUUAUUAGACACCAGAGGAUCCACAAAGGACAGUAAACUCAUUGACUAGGGCUGGCCAAAGAUGCUUUUGCUAAUUCCUACAUAGAGAUCUUUAAGGCUGUUUGCACCGUUGUGUCACUGUGCGCUCUCAGCUGCCCCACUUUUGUGUUUGCAGCUCACCCUUCUUUGGGGUGAAUCCCAGGGCCCCUUCUAUCAGCCCCUUUGUCCUGGUAGUGGAGGGGAUGGUGUCCCCCACCUGCCGGGAAUAUCCAUCAGCCCCGUGUGGGGAGAUAGCAGUGACCUCGACUAGCUACGUUGAGAUAUAAUCUGCCUAGGCCAUGUCUCCACUGGGAUUUUCCAUGGAGAUAAUUAGCCCAGGUUAGCUCUCAUAGACUCAUAGACUUUAAGGACAGAAGGGACCAUUAUGAUCAUCUAGGCUGACCUCCCGAAUGAUGCAGGCCACAAAGCCGUCCCAACCCUUUCCCUUGACUCUGCUGUUGAAGUCCCCAAAUCCUGUGGUUUAGAGACUUCAAGUAGCAGAGAAUCCUCCAGCCAGCGUCCCCUGCCCCGUGCUGCAGAGGAAGGCGAAAAACCUCCAGGUCCUCUGCCAAUCUACCCUGGAGGAAAAUUCCUUCCCGACCCCAAAUAUGGCGAUCAGUAGAACCCCGAGCACGUAGGCAAGACUCUCCAGCCAGACCCUCAUUGCUCAUUGAUACUAUUUACCAGCGAUGGCACACUGUUCAUUUGACCAAAAUCAUGUUAUCCCAUUAAACCAUUCCCUCCAUAAACUUAUCUAGUUUAAUCUUAAAACCAGACAGGUCCUUUGCCCCCACCGUUUCCCUCGGAAGGCUGUUCCAAUAUUUCACCCCUCUGACGGUCAGAAACCUUCGUUUAAUUUCAAGCCUAAACUUCCCCACGGCCAGUUUAUAUCCAUUCGUUCUCGUGUCCACAUUAGUACUGAGCUGAAAUAAUUCCUCUCCCUCCCUGGUAUUUAUUCCUCUGAUAUAUUUAAAGAUAGCAAUCAUAUCCCCCAUCAGCCUUCGUUUGGCUAGGCUAAACAACCCGAGCUCCUCGAGUCUCCUUUCAUAUGAUAGGUUUUCCAUUCCUCUGAUCAUCCUAGUGGCCCUUCUCUGUACGCGUUCCAGUUUGAGUUCAUCUUUUUUAAACAUCGGAGACCAGAACUGCACACAGUACUCCAAAUGAGGUCUCACCAGCGCCUUGUACAACGGAAGCAGGACCUCCUUAUCCCUACUAGAUAUACCUCGCCUAAUGCAUCCCAAGACCGCAUUGGCUUUUUUCACCGCCACGUCACAUUGUCGACUCAUGGUCAUCCUGCGGUCUACCAGGACUCCAAGGUCUUUCUCCUCCUCCGUUACUUCUAACUGAUGCGUCCCCAGCUUGUAACUAAAAUUGUUGUUAGUCAUCCCUAAGUGCAUCACCUUACACUUUUCACUGUUAAAUUUCAUCCUAUUUCUGUUACUCCAAAUUACAAGGUCAUUCAAGUCUCCCUGCAGAAUAUCCCUAUCCUCCUCCGAAUUGGCAAUACCUCCCAACUUUGUGUCAUCCGCAAACUUUAUCAGCCCACUCCUACAAUUGGUUCCGAGGUCAAUAAUAAAUAGAUUAAAUAAAAUCGGUCCCAAAACCGAACCUUGAGGAACUCCAUUGGUGACCUCCCUCCAACCUGACAGUUCACCUUUCACCUCCUGAUGUAAAACAUAACGAUUCCUGCAGUGCAGCCACAGCCCAUAGUGCCCGGCAUUAUCUAGCAUGUUCCCCCUGGACCUGACUUAACCUCCAUCACUUUUCCUAGCCUAGACAAACCCUGGGCAUCACUGUCCCCUACGGUCAGCAGAGUGAUUGUCAGAGGCAUUGAGUUCCCCCUUGGGGACAGAUUGGCUAUGUCUACACUCCAAAAACUCCUGCAGCCGCAAGUCUUCGAGUCUGCCUGGGUUUACAGGCGUGGGCGUAUGCUACAGACCUAAAAAUAGCCAAGGAAACAGAUGAGACUGGAGCUUGGGCUCUGAAGCCUGGGGACGGGGCUUUUAGCGCUGUAGCAUGAGCCAGAGUCAAGAAACUGAGGAUCUGAGAAUUGCUGCCACUUUUUCCUUUUUGGGCAGUGUAGACAUAUCCAUAGAGUUUAUUCUGCCCGCAUUCUACCGCUCCACCUCCCAAAGUGUCACGUGAUGCAACAUUCUCAGCUCCCUGAUUUAGGGUCACAUUGUGAUACCUACGUGCAGACCCGUUAGGGCGAGAGCUGAAAGAGACGCAGACCCAGAGCAGGAAUUGGAAUGGAUCCCAAACACUGAGUAAUUGUUCUAUGCUUUCAUCUGCGUUUCCCACAACCGGCAAAGCUGCUUCUGGGCUUUUUCCUGCUCAGCUGGGAUCGUUGCUGAGGGAAAGUUUGGCUGUUUUUCUCCAUUACGAUGAUGCUAAAACGUUUGUAAAUUACCUGAUUCAAAAAUAAUGAGAUGGCGCUGAGUGAAGCACAUUUGAACGGAUCAGAGGACAACACAAUGGGAGAAUCUGUUGUCCUGAUUCUGAGUCAUCAGAUGUAGCCUGCUCUGCAAGUUCAGUUUCUAUGAAACUGAAAGUGUCUUAUCCCCCUUGGUAUUGUCAGUUUCUCUCUCUUUCCUGAAGGCCAUUUAAUCCCAUCACUGGAAGGCAGUUUUGUUAAACAGAAUGUAGCUUGGAUUUAGUGGGGACUUCGAGACAAAUGACCAUUUGCUAAAAUAGUCAUUUAUUUAUUUUUGUUUUUUCCUUGCCCCUCCAUGAUGACGUGGCCCACAGGGGAAGUUCACGUGCAGUUCAGUCAUCAGGAGAGGUCAUGCUUCAACCUAUUGGACAUGCUACCAUGGAAACAGUAGUGUUUGAAAAUCUCCACUCCGAGAUGGUAAAUAACAGCACACCCCAAACUAACUGAAGUAACUGACUACAAUCACACCCAUGUUCAGCUGGUUACGGCGGUAUCGUUGCCGAUGGUCUGGGAAGAGAAUUCUAGAGUAAGUGACUUAGAGCUAGGGAAAAUAACCGUUUAUUUCGUUCCCAAAGUAGUUGAGGCCCAGGCCCUUCACAUUAGGAAGAUAUUUCCUUCCUAAUCAGGUGCAUGUUGCCUGUGUUUUGGGAAACACUGUCCCCAUCUGUGUAGGUGUGGAGGAAAUGGAAGUGGCAUUUUUGCUGAACUUACCGUUUGUACGUGGUGCAGAUGUGUAUAAAAUGAACUCAGUGUUGAAUGUGGGGUAGUUGCGGAAUAGUGAUUUUUGAAUAGAUACCUCACUUUUGGUGGCUUGCAGGGAUUCUGAUGCAGUCCCUAAUUUAGACCUGUGCCACCAGAUUAAAGAAACAAAUUGUACAUGUUUGGGGAAGCUUUUCCUCAGUAACACUGCUGAGAUUUUGGGUGGUUUGGUAAAGGAUUCUACUCCAGAGAAGUGUAAAUUUACCCUGACCAAGGCCAAGGAUUUGGCAAGCACUCAGUAAUAGCAGGUACCAGUGGUUGGUUUUCACCUCAGAGAAGGACUCUGUGGUGGCCCAGGUAAAACUGUGUUUAGAACACCUCUCCCUAGGUUAAUGGCAUUGAGUAAGGUCCCUGAGGAUGCCAUAGAUAAACCGGGAACAAUUGUCCUUUACCAAAAGGCAAAGAAAGAAGCAGUUAGUGCCUUCAAAGGACAUUCCUUCCUCAUGGAUCGCAGUCUGGCGCCAUUGGUGGACAACAAGGACUUUCAUGCCGUGUAAGUGAUGAUAACCACUGAGGGAAUGGAUGUGUUAGAUUCCAAGUGCAGACAGCCGGAUACAUAAAUGUGGAUUCUCUGCUUUUGUCUCUUACUUUUGCCCUUGUGCUUUAUGCAUUUGCAUCACUUCUUCUUCACGUCCUGCUAAUUUGAAAGAUUAGAAAGUGUGAAAAUAGAGUAGAGGUGCUUGUUCUCAUGAUGCAGACCUUCCCACAUAGUGUGAGACCCCUUUCACCAACAUUUCUAGCAGAAGACCAAGAGAUAAACCAAUUCAAAGAAGUGGAAGACACCUAUGUUGACACAGAAUGCAACUUUACAUGAGACUCACUUGAUAGAACUGGGAAUUAAGAGAAAACUAACACAUAUAAGAUUUUGCAAUCUUUGAAUAUGUUAUUGUUACCAAUGGAAAUGAAAUUGAACAUUAUUGGUUGAAGAGUAAGACACUAAUUUUGUGAUAACAUGAAUUAUACUGGAACACUGCGAUUUUACACUGGUUCUCAUUUACUGUAGGAAAUGGUGACUAAUCUUUUAAAGUAUAUUUGAUGUAAGAUACAUCCUUUGGACUAAUGAGUUCUGAAGAAAAACCUCACUUCAAAGGUUGGAAUGGGGGGAUACGAGAGAGAAAUAGUGUAUAUGAGAGUACUGACCCAGUGUUUUACUUCAGAUAGAAUUUAUUUCGACAAGCUCUAAAGCAAAUUUUCUGUUAAGUGGAAAUUGCUUAAGGAGACAUGUAGUAUAAUCUUUUACCCAGUUAGUCUGUAAGAGUACGUCUUCACUACCCGCCGGAUCGGCGGGUAGUAAUCGAUCUAUCGGGGAUCAAUUUAUCGCAUCUCGUCUAAACACGAUAAAUCAAUCCCCGAACGCGCUCCCCGUUGACUCCAGAACUCCACCAGAGUGAGAGGUGGAAGCGGAGUCGACGGGGGAGCCGCGGCCAUCGAUCCCGCGCCGUGAGGACAGGAGGUAAGUCGAGCUAAGAUACGUCGACUUCAGCUAUGCUAUUCUUGUAGCUGAAGUUGCGUAUCUUAGAUCGAUUUCCCCCCCCCACCCUCCAGUGUAGACCAGCCCUAAGGGUCAUUGAGUUCCCUACUUCUCUUGUUUGCAAAGCAAAGGCAAGACAUCUGUCAUGAGAUGUGAUGCUUUCUCAGGGUGUCCAGAACUGUAAGUCACCCCUCUGCGUCUGGUGGUGCUAACCAAAGUGACAACUCCUUGCCACUCCAGUUUGUUAGCCAGCCCCAUAGAUUCCACAGGAUGCCACCAGUCCUAAUUUUGCCUGCCAGGUUAACCCUUGUACUUGAGUCCCCAAACUCUCCAGAAGCAUCUCCCUGCAGCCUCCAACCCCUGGUCACUGUCACAAUUACCAAGUUCGCUGUCUCUAGAGAGAGUGUACCACCAGUUUGCGUGAUUUAACCAGGAAUUCAUACUGUGUUUUAAUAUAAUAGCACUGACAUGCUUAUGAUAAAACAAAGAAGAUUAUUAACCGAGGACAGAAAUUUAAGGGAUACUAAGCAAGAAUAAUAGAGACAGCAAUGGUUACAAAUCAAACAAAAGCAUAACAUGCUUCUAAGUGAUUAAAACCUUAACAAGCUAAAAUCCUUGACUAAAAUAAGUUUCUAACUAAAGAAACCUUUUAGCAUUACCCACUGUGAUGGAAUACACCCUUACACACUAUUGUAAUAAUCUUUGUACAAGGUGAACACUCAUAACUUGAGUGUUCCUGCUCAGGAAUAUCAUGGUAAAGUGCAUAUAGUAUUAUUAUAUGUAAAGUUAUGAACAUAAAAAUCGUGACUGACGUGCAUUUCCCAGGUAAGUCUGGGGAGUGGUUAAAUCGGUUUCUCAAAGACAAAGGGCAAGCCAGGUGUCAACAAAGCUGAUGGACAAUCACCUACCAAGUGACCAAUCUUUAGCAAGGAAGGGAGGCAGGGACAGAGGUCUGCGUACUAACAAAGAAACAGCCUAGAGUCUCCUUCCUCCAGCAGACUGCCUGUUUCCUCGUUCUCAGAUGGGAAUGCUUUACAAAAAGGGACUAAAAAAAAACCUAUAAAAAAAAGAGAGAAAGAUACCCCAAGACCCUCUUCUCUCUCUCUCUCUCUCUCCUUCCCCACCUCAUUCUCUGCACCUUAGAAGUCAAAGGAAACCACCAUUGGGCUCUGCAGGAGGGGGCCUGACCUGAAGAGUUGGGUCAGAAAUGCUGCUAGAAACGUGGUAAGAAACUUUGCUUGAAUCUACUAUACAGGUAGUUUGGUAAGCUAGGCACAAGAAAACAUUUAAUCUUUUUAUUUUUCUUGUAACCACUUAUGACUUUUAUGCCUCAUUCCUUGUACUCAUUUAAUCUAUCUGUUUGUAGUUAAUAAACUUGUUUCAUUGUUUUA